UUGGGACUGCAAGAUUGGAAGAUGAAGAAUUGAUAAGUGCCGCUGAAGUUGUUGUAGCGUGUGACUCCUCCAAUGUGUCAAAGUUUUCUUCUUUUUCAGAAGGGGUUCUUUGUGAUGGUUCAGAAUUCUCAUCAUCUGAUGGCAACAGCAUAGAUGGUUCCGAUGCUGGUUUGAAGGAGAAGGCUGAAACUAAAGAGUCUCCUCGAAGAGAAUUAAUCAGAGACUUUCCUCCUUUAUGUGGACCACAUGCUUAUGCAGAUCAUGUGUGUAGAUUGCAAGGCAUUGAAGAUGAUGAUACUGAUGCAGAAGAAUUGGGUAAUGAUGUUCAAGAUGAAUCCAUGUGCCUGAAACAGGAGCCUUGGAGGAACGAAAAGUUACAAAAUAGCAAAAAGAGGAUCACAAUCCUAAGGGAUUAGUACUCUCAGCCGACAAAGGAUCUUCAGGAGCGCCACUACCAUCAAGAGCAAUGCUGCCAGGACACUCCCUGCUUCACUACUUGCUUACGAAGUCCUUGAGGUCAUAUGGUUUGCGAAUUUCCCUUUUUAGCCUUGGUCCUUCUCCCUUCUCUGUUUCUGUAUUCUCUUGCUGUGCCCUUGCUGUUUGCUGUGUUGUUUCUGCAUUUUGUUGCUCCCUUGCUGGAUUCUCCUGUUGUGUGACUCUGUUCUCAACACUGAGACUACUUAAACGUUGAAUUCAAAAAAAUAAAUUAAAAUGAAGAUAUACUUCAUUUAAUCAUGGUGGUUUCGAGCUGAGGAUACCAGUUGCUCCAAUAGCCGGCGCUAAACAACAUGGCAGACAAGGCAGUCACCAUCCGAACCAGAAUGUUUAUGACAACCAGGCUUCUCUCCGGAAAGCAGUUCGUCAUUGAUGUCCUUCAUCCAGGGAGCGCUAAUGAUUCCAAGGCUGAACUGAAGGAGAAGCUAAGGAGAAUGUAUGACGAGAAAGACACCAACCCUGUAUUUGCCUUCAAGUUCCGAACUCAUUUUGGUGGUGGGAAAUCCACUGGGUUUGGUGUUUAAUUUAUAUGAUUCAGUUGAGAAUGCUAAGAAGUGUGAGCCUAAGUACAGGCUUAUCAGGAAAGGAAGAGAAAUCAAGGAAGCAAAUGAAGGAGAGAAAGAAUAGAGCUAAGAAGAUUCGUGGAGUUCAGAAGACCAAGGCUUCUGAUGCUGCCAAGACUGGAAAAAAGAAAUGAGUUUUCAAACAUCCUGUCCUAAUUUUAAGGUUCUUUCGCUCUUAGUAUUUUUAAUAGCUUUCCUAGAAUGAGAUAUUUUUCUGUAAGUGUUGCAUUAACUGAUGUCCAGUUAUAGAUUGAGUAGUGGCAUGAUCAAUUUUGAGAAUUCAGUUGAACACUUUUGUUUUCAAAUAUUUAGUGUUGUGUUAAAGAA